CCAUGACGCUCAUCAUUAUACUAUUUUCGUCCUCCGGUUGCCGCCAUUGCUGCCAUAUUAUGAACAUCUUCCAGGAGACCUGCGCUUUAAUUUGGACAAAUUUAACCGAUUUUUUUUUUUUUAAUACAACGUGUAGUUUUUACCGCUGGGACAACACCCCGAUAACACGGACUCAACAGUUGGCUUACUUCUGUAGAAAUCAGCCAAUAUUAGCAGAGACAGUAAGUUAGAUUUGUUAAGUAGGCGGUUGGUACGACGCGUUCAAUGUCCUAUUUUCCUGUUGGUAAUUAGUUGUCUCAAGCAGGGGUUAUUUAAAAAUAUGUCGCUACAUGGAAAACGUAAAGAAAUCUACAAAUAUGAUGCGCCGUGGACAGUUUACGCCAUGAACUGGACGGUCCGACCGGACAAACGCUUCCGCCUGGCGCUCGGUAGCUUUAUGGAGGAGUACAAUAACAAGGUUCAGAUAGUUGGUCUGGAGGAGGAGAGCUCAGAGUUUGUAUGUCGAAACACGUUCGACCAUCCCUACCCAACCACGAAGAUCAUGUGGAUACCUGACACUAAAGGAGCCUAUCCAGACCUGAUGGCCACCAGUGGAGACUACCUGAGAAUCUGGAGGGUGAGUGAUGCAGAGACACGUCUGGAGUGUCUGCUCAACAAUAACAAGAAUUCAGAUUUCUGUGCACCCCUCACAUCCUUUGACUGGAACGAGGUGGACCCAAACUUGUUAGGUACUUCGAGUAUAGACACAACCUGUACAAUCUGGGGGCUGGAGACUGGACAGGUGCUGGGCAGGGUCAACUUAGUGACAGGUCAUGUCAAGACGCAGCUCAUAGCUCAUGACAAAGAGGUGUAUGACAUCUCGUUCAGCCGAUCGGGCGGUGGCAGGGAUAUGUUUGCCUCAGUGGGUGCAGAUGGCUCAGUCCGCAUGUUUGACCUCCGUCACCUCGAACACAGCACUAUCAUCUAUGAGGACCCCCAGCAUCACCCGUUGCUCCGGCUCUGCUGGAACAAGCAGGACCCCAGCUACCUGGCUACCAUGGCAAUGGACAGCUUGGAGGUGGUGAUUUUAGACGUGCGUGUGCCCUGUACUCCAGUUGCCAGGCUUAACAACCACAGGGCAUGUGUCAACGGAAUUGCCUGGGCGCCACAUUCCUCCUGUCACAUCUGUACUGCAGCCGAUGACCACCAGGCUCUAAUCUGGGACAUCCAGCAGAUGCCGCGGGCCAUUGAGGAUCCCAUACUGGCCUACACAGCAGAGGGAGAGAUCAAUAACGUCCAGUGGGCUUCCACCCAGCCUGACUGGAUCGCUAUCUGCUACAACAACUGCCUGGAAAUCCUCAGAGUCUGAGCUGCAGUAGGCAGGCGUAAAACAACUCAAAAACAUUUUGAAUAUGCUGACACGACUUUGUUAAAGGAAUUUUUUUUUGUUUGUGAAGGAGUUUUCAACAACUUUCAGAUCAUCUUCGUGUUGAUGCAGAUGAUGUAUAUAAACUGUAUAUAUGAACAGCAUACAUCAUAUAGACACCAGGACAACAAUGCUAUAAAUAUGGAAAGCAAGACUUUAUGAUUAAAAAAUAUCACCGAAUAAGAAAACUGUGAGGUCAAAGAACAAAAAAGUCUCAAAUAUUGAAGACUGUUACAUUUCUGACACAAAGGGUCAAAAAGCCUCAAAGCCUUUAGCAUGCUGUCUAACGAUAAGUUAGUCAGUUACAUCCCUGUUUUUAAAUGCUUAAUAGUGCAUUUUGUCUUGUACUUUAAGCCAUUUUGUCAUUUUCUAAUAUUUUUUUUCUUAUGCUACAAAAUGUGUCUUUAGCCAUAUUGAAAAGUGGCUUGAAUGUGGUCAGUGUGCUUAUACUGUUUUAUUAACUUAUAUAUUUUAUUAUUUUUGAAUUGAAAAACAUCUCUGUUGUGAUACGAGUCUGUGCAGUAACAAUUAAAUGUGCAGUAUUAACUGA